ACAUCACUUGUGAACAACCCAUUUUCUGUUUGAGAGAAAAAGUUUGCGAAUAUAAAAUUGAUUAAUUAAAGUAUAAAGAGCUAAGAAAAUAUCUAGAAAACAAUAAGGAAAAUGCCUUCUGCAAACGUUGAACCUUUAAAAGUUGAAGUGGUGCCUCCAAAACCAUCUGAUGAGGCAAAAACAAAUGAAAACCCUCAAAAAGAUAUGGAGCACAAUGGAGAGAAAAUUCCACCAAUUCAGCAAGUUCUACAGAUUAUUCAGAAUAAAGUUCGUAAUUUAGAGAAGCGUAAGAACAAAUUGGAUGGAUAUAUGAAGGAGGAAGAGGAUGGAAAGGAAUUGAGUAAUGAACAGAAGAAGGCAGUAUUGAAAUAUGAGGAAGUUGUGUCGCAACUUGGCAUAUCAAAGGAGUUUUGUAAGCAAUUUCAAGUGAUGGCUACGACUGCAGCAAAGGAACAGAAGCGCUUAGAACGAAAAGCAACCUUUAUCAAGCAAAUGCAAGAGACCAGAAAAGUUCGUGAGGUGAUUAUCAUUCAGGACAUUUUGAGGCAAUUGAAGAAUGAGGAGAUUCGAAGCGAUUUUCUUAAUGCUCAAAACGGUGCAUGUUUGGUUGAGGCAAGUGAGAUGGAUGUUUUGGAACUAUUCUCAAAACAUACAAUUCCUGUUCAUCCAAUGUAUUCGAAUGAGCCAUCAUUUGUGAAUUCUGCUAAAACGGCUGCAGACUUACUUAGUUUUGUGGUUGAUGGACGUAAUCGUCAAUUUUUGGAAACCGGCUUUACUUUCGAUAAAAUGAAGGAAAUAUUUACUCGCAUUCAGACUUGUGGAUACUUUGAAACAGACAUUAAGAUUGUGGAAAUUGAAGAACGUCCACCAGAAAGCGCAACUCCACAGUCUAAUACUGAUCUCGAUUCUAAAGAUGAAAAUGCCAUCAUUGAGGAUGUUAUUUUAGAACAGCCAGCAAUUAAUGCACCUUCAAUUCCAUCAACAUCAUCGUCACCGUCUAAUGCUGCUGCUAAUAUUAUGCCACAAGCACCUUUACCUACACAAGUUCCAAAUCCAACUCAAUUAUUUAAUGGUGGCAAUAAUGUUCAAGGAAUAAAUGUUAUGCCUGUUAUGCAUGCUCCAAUUCAAGUUAUUCCUCAGCCAUUGCCAAUGAAGACGACCGUCACAGCUGUCGAAAAUGCUUUUUAUAACCAAAUGAAGUAUUCACAACCACAACAAUUAAACCAACAGCCUCAAGGACCAAUGAUUAACAACAAUAUUAAUGCAAACGCUAAUAAUACUAAUAAUAUUAACAAUAAUAAUAAUAAUAAUAUUAAUAACAAUGGAAAUAGUAACAACGAAAUGCAAGUCGUGCCACCGAAUCGAUAUAUUGAGGAUUUUGCAUCGUCAAGUAUCUCAUUCUUGCAGGAUUCGCUCGUAGAACAAAUUCAAUCUGGAUCUCAAUCACCUCAACAAAAGAUACCACCCAAUAUGUUGAAUCAGCCGCCCAAACAUUCUAAUAUUCAGCAGCAGCAGCAGCAACAACAAGUCAUUUCAACGCAAACGUACUCGAGUCAAACUUAUAAUCCUCCUCAACAAUCGGCACCCGUUCAGCCUCAAACUACUCACAAUUUCCCGCCUGGUCUCAAGCUUCAACAACAGCAACAACAAGGAAAUGCUUCAAACAUUCCAGUUAGUUAUUCUCAACAGCAUCAACCGUCAUCACAAACGCAACAAGCUCCAAUUAAUUCAAUUCCUCAUCAGGUACCAGCACCUCAAAAGCAGCAACAGCAUUUAAUGUCGAAAGAAUCGACGCCACAGGAAGCACCACAUUUUCAAAACAUUGUAGCAGGUUCCGUUCAGUAUCAGCAACAAAUGCCAACUAAUAUUCAGAAUCUCCAAGAUGUAGAACAGAAAGCUUUGAAUGCACAUCAACCAAAUGUUGAUGUUCCCAGUGAUAAACCGACUAGUGAAACUCCUGAUCGUAAGAUGCAUGCCGUAGACAAGGAAAAUAAUCGAAGUAACGAAUGGAAUCCUGUCAAUAAUCAGCAGCAACCCCAAAUUGAUACUUGGACUAAUGAUAAUUCUGGAGGAACUAAUGCUGGCAGUGGCUAUAAUCGCUUCACACGUAAUCGUGGUGCUGGAGGUGGUCCGAAAUACAACAAUUAUCGCAACUCGCAAGUUCCAAGGAACAACUACAAUAAUGAGAACGGAGAUGCUAAUAAUCGCGAUGGAGGUCCUACAACCUUCUUCCGUAAUAAUGAACGUUAUAAUAGUGGAAGUGCAGGACGUUAUAAUCAUAACAAUGGAAAUAAUGUCAGUGAACGUGGAAACUUUAAUAAACGUGACAAUUAUCGUACUGGCGGCAGUGGUCGUUUUUCAUCAUCAAUGGGAAGCUCUAAUCCUGUUCAGCGCAAAUGAAUAAGGGCUUUAUCGUCUAAUAAUAAGAAAAAGUAACAAUGAGAAAGAGAAGAAAAAUAAUAAUAAAAACAUUACAUACACAAACAUAUUAAGGAACAUGAUUUGAAAUGAAACAACAGAAAAGCAUUACAAAAUAAUAUUAAUAAUAAUCUUAUAAUUAAAAUAUGAAGGAAUCCAAAAAAAAAACUCUUAAUGUUAACUUUUUAUUUUUCGUCUGCGCAUCAGUAAAUUGAAUUGAAUAGGUAUUAAUAAUUUAAUACGGAACUUAGAGUUUCCUUAUAUCCGCAUUUCUCUUAGAUUAUUGUGGACGUUGCUUUGAAUGAUGAAGAUUUCCUUUUUAUCCAUAAUAAUUUUUUGGUUUUAAAAACAAAGAUAAAUUAAUAUUAAUAAACAAGAUAAACGCAUGAAUUUGACUGGAUAUAUCUCAUUACUUUAUUUUAUUUCUAACUUGCAUGCUUAACAGCUUGAAGUGCAUAAUUUACACCGUCAUAUUUUUGGAAGUUAAAAGUCUCAUUUAAUGGAUUAUAACCGAAUCCAUGAACUAAGACUGUAUUGCAAUCUUUCUCGCUGAGAAUUUGCGUUACUUCUGAUGGACUGAUGAAUUGAUUCCAAUCGUGUGUGCCUUUUGGGAUGAAAUUAAGUACAUAUUCAGCUAAUACUAUGCCUAAUAGCCAUGAGACUUGAGUUUUAUUAAAUGUUGUGAUGAAGAUGCUUCCAUUUGGCUUUACACACUUUGUUAAUUCGUGAAGAAAUGCUUUUUGAUCAGGCACAUGCUCAAUUACUUCACUGGCAACGACUGCAUCAUAUUUCUCAGCAUUAUCGACUGAAUGUUGCUCAAUAAACUCUGAUAUGUACUUUAUGUUUAAUGACUGCCCAUUCAGAUGAUCUCUAGCUGCAUCUAUCAGUUCUGUUGAUGGUUCCAAUCCUGUUACAUUCGCUUUUAAUCUCGCUAAUGCCUCUGUGAGAAUCCCAGCUCCACAUCCAACUUCUAGAAUGUUUAAUCCUUUCAAGACAUCCGGUUUAUUGAUAUUUUCAGUUUUUACAGCUCCAGUGCUGAUUAGUCCAUCACGAAUGAAUGGAACUCUCACUUGGUUCAUAAGAUGUAGAGGCUUAACAGGUCCAGAAACAUCCCACCAUUGUGAUGAGAAGCUUCCCAAGUGCUUCAUGUCUUUUUCAUCCACAUUAUUGAAUUUUGAUAAGCUUGUCGAA